AUGUCAGUCGCAUCGUCUGCGCCUGGAACGGGAGGAUUCUUGAAGUUCAAUAAUGGGCCACCAAAGAUAUUCAUGACUGAUUCGACUCCACAUCCACCAGAGAAAGCGCUGCUCUCAUGGAAAGAAGAAGGCUACGAUGUCACAUACAUCCAAUAUGAACCGUCGACACAGCCCGCCUACAUCCGCACCAUCAAGACCCUCAACGACAACCUCGAGCUUGGUGAACAUUAUGCGUUAAUAGCCUACGGAGCAGCCGCCAGCGUGGUCCUCAAGACAGCUAUGAAGCCUCUAAACAAAUGCUGCGCAAUUGUCGCCUUCUACCCGCCGGUCUUGCCUUCUGCCAAAGCAAGUUUUCCGGAGUCGUCGAACCCGCAGGUUCACGUUGCUGGUAAGAGCCAGACCAGUCCGCACCCAGAGAUGUGCCAAUGGAAGUUAUAUCGCUACGACAACUGCGCAACUGGCUUCGCCGACCCGUCGUCAACGGCUUACUCGGAAGUCGAGGCGAACCUAGCGUGGAGUAGGGCGUUGGCAUGUGUGCGGAAGGGCUUCAAGAAAGAGGUAGACCUUGAGCCUGUGGUGCAGAGUUUCUGGACAGCCAAGUAUGAAGACGAUGUCCCGGAGCGAGCGAGCAUGGGCGUUGUGAAGAAUAUGACACAGAACAGCCCGCACAUUACAAUACUACCCACUCUGCAGGGCGGCGUCGGGAGGAAGAAGCUUGAAGAGUUUUAUAGGGAGUUCUUCGUCCCUAGUUUGGUUGAUGAUUUCAGGAUCAGGCUAGUCUCGCGGACCAUGGGAGUUGAGCGCAUUGUGGAUGAGAUGGUUGUAUCCUUUACGCAUUCGGACGAGGUAGAUUGGAUAUUGCCUGGCGUCCAGCCGACCGAUAAAUUUAUCGAGAUCCCCAUGGUCAGCAUCGUUGCCAUAAGGGGAGGAAAGCUGGUAUCUGAACACAUGUACUGGGACCAGGCCUCUGUGCUGGUUCAGGUAGGGCUACUGGAUCCAAAACUGGUGCCCAAGAAGUUCAAGAGCGAAGGCACAAAGCAACUGCCAGUCGCUGGAGCCGAGGCCGCGAAACAACUUGUGGAGCCGCAACAGGGCAGGUACAACAAGCUGCUCCAAAUGCACGGGCUGUUCGAUGGCAUCAACGGCAAUUGA